AUGAUGCAGACCAAUUACUUCGUCUGUUCGCUUGGCCAGGCGGCUACUCUGAGCAGCCAGCCCAAUCCGUACACCACUAUAGGCCAGUUCGUGAACUAUCAAGCACUACACCAUCCCUACCUGCCAGCUGUCGGAUUUCCUAUACCUCGGUCGCAACAAGGGAAAUGGCGCUACAAAGUUCUCACUUUCGCAGAGAUCGACCAAGGCACAAACAUCUUUGCAGGGAGAUUGAGACGAGCUCUGGGUAGCUCUCCAGAGGGGCCAGAAACAGUAGCGCUUCUGUGUCACAGCUCGCCAGAAUUUCUGUUUACAUGGUUGGCAUUAAUGAAAUUGGGCUACUCAGUACUACUCAUUGCACCGCAAUGCCAGCCCGCUGCCAUUUUACAUCUGUAUAAGUCAUGCGAAGCCUCCACCUUCUUCUACGACACCGCACAUGCAGAGCGUGCCGAGCAGACUGUUGGCUUAGCAAAAGAGGACGGACUUGUCGGCUUCGACGCCAAGUUACUACUCUUGCGUGACGAGGAGGAAAUCUACCAGGUCAUCAGCGAGACUGUAGAGACGACGUUCGAGACCCCCAAUCUGGAGGAGACUGCGGUUGCGUAUCUGCACCAUACCUCUGGGACCUCGUCGGGGCUGCCGAAGCCCAUACCACAGUCACACCGAGCAGGGUUGGGCGUCCUUCCCCGUCUUCCAAAGAUACCCGGGAAGGCAACCUUUACCACAACACCUCUCUACCAUGGAGGCAUCGCCGACCUGUUCCGAGCAUGGACCAGUAACGCUCUCAUUUGGCUGUUUCCCGGCAAAGAUGUGCCAAUUACAGCUCGAAACAUCUGCAAAAGCCUGGAGGUGGCGACAUCGUACUCCUCAAUCGAAGGUCUUCCAGCAGUCAAAUACUUCUCUUCUGUACCAUACGUACUGCAGAUGAUGGAGUCAGAUGAGCAAGGUCUGUCUCUGUUGCAGAACAUGGAUAUAGUUGGUGUUGGCGGCGCCGCGUUGCCAGCGGAGGUUGGUGAUCGCCUGGCAAAGAGUGGAGUGAACUUGAUCUCAAGAUUUGGAAGUGCUGAGUGUGGGUUUGUCAUGUCUUCAUUCCGCGAUUUCUCGACGGACAAUGACUGGCAGUAUCUGCGAAAUUAUAACCCGGCAAAGUUACUGAGCUUCGAGCUGCGAGAUGAUGGACUGGCUGAGCUUGUGAUCAAGCCAGGCUGGCCGCACAUGGCCAAACAAAAUCGCUCAGAUGGAUCCUUCGCGACUGCAGAUCUGUUCGCUCCGCACCCUACAAUCCCAGAUGCGUGGAUAUACAAUUCGCGUGCCGAUUCUCAGCUGACACUCAUCACGGGCAAGAAGUUUGAUCCUGCGCCACUUGAGGAUGCGAUAGCAACGUCGCCAUACCUUCAAGAUGUCCUAAUAUUCGGUACCAACCGGCCCUAUCCUGGGGUGCUGCUGCUUCGGUCCAAGAAAGCCAGCGGGAUGAGUGAUCUAGACUUGCUCGACGCGAUCAAACCUGCGGUAGAGAAGCUUAACCGCGACAGCCAAGACCAUGCCAGAAUACCUCAGCAUAUGUUGAUUCCUCUGCCAUACCAGAAACCACUCGAGAAGAGCAGCAAAGGCACUUUGAUCCGCAGAGUCGCUGAGGCCAGGUUUGAGGACAUCAUCAACCGUGCUUACGAUGAGCAAGCCAACGAGUCAGUCAACGUUUCUGACGAUGAACUGCCACAGCAUCUUAAGGGCUUGAUACAGUCUAUCACAUCUCAGUCUGCUGAGUUGGCAGACGACAUGGACCUCUUCUCGUAUGGUGUUGAUUCCAUUGCGUGUAUGCAGCUCCGGACACGCCUCAGGGGACUGAUACCGAACUGCGAUAAGCCCUUGCCAAUGAGUGUCAUCGAAGACUGCGGAUCAAUCAAACGCCUGACGGACUAUGUUCUACGAAAGAGACACGGUGAAUCCGACGAUAUUGAGGACGACGAAGAACAGCUGAUGACAGGUCUGGUCACGCAGUAUGGGUCUUUUUCUGGAAGUGCUUCGCCGCCUGCUACAAAUGACCACCCUGCGGACGAUAAGAAGAACGACGUCGUGAUUUUGACUGGAGCCACUGGCGCCCUUGGAGCGCAUAUCUUGGAUCUUCUUCAGAAGACAGAAACGACAAAGAAAGUAUACUGCCUAGUAAGAGGCGUGGACGACCAUACUGCGAGGGAACGUGUCAGCAAAGCUCUUGAGCAGAGGGGCUUAACGACUCUACUCACGCCUGGCAGGUCAAACGACGAGGUAGAAGUGAUCCCAGCCCAGCUCAGCGAUACGCGUCUUGGGUUGAGUGAUGAGCUCUACAACAGGCUGGCUAAGGAAGUGACAUCUAUCAUCCACGUCGCGUGGACGGUCAACUUCCGUCUCAAGCUACGAAGUUUCGCCAAAGACAACAUCGCUGGUGUCAGGAACCUCUUGGACCUUGCUCUGAUCGCGGGGCGCAGUACCCCUCCGCGUUUCGCAUACUGCUCUUCCACGGCCGCCGUUAUGAAUGGCGAGCUAGAUCAAUUUGGAUGCUGGCCCGAGAAGCUUCUUUCCAGCCCGUCUUCUGCAUCCCCACUUGGCUACUCAAGGUCAAAGUGGGUGGCAGAGCACAUCUGCGCUGAAGCAGAUAGACGGACGAGUCUUCGCGGUCGGGUCGCAGUCGUCCGUGUUGGACAAUUGGCUGGAGACUCAACUUCAGGGGUGUGGAAUACCAAGGAGGCGUGGCCAAUGAUGUUGAGCACUGCAAGUAUCAUUAAGUGUCUGCCUGAUCUGGAAGAUGAGGCUUUGGAUUGGCUGCCUGUGGAUAUUGCGGCACAAGCCUUCCUCGAGUCGACACGAGAGGAGAAUUGCGGUCAGGAGGACGUGCCAGUGUACCAUGUCCUGAAUCCACAUCGCCAGCCAACCUGGCAUGACAUGCUGCUUUGGCUGAAGAAGAAGGCAGAUUUCGAAGUUGUCUCGCCUCAAGUCUGGCUCCAACGACUGGAGGGCAGUGACACCGAACAUCCAGCAAAGAAGCUUUUAGGGUUGUGGAAGGAAGCAUAUGGGGACGGGGUACAAGGCAGCUCAGCCGAAAGACCACAAUUCGCAAUGGAGGAGAGCAAGAAGCACGUAUCGGUGCUAAGUGACAUCAAGCCGCUCGACGAGGCAUACAUCCAAAGGGUGUGGGACUGGGUGCAAGCGAACGUGCGUUGA